AUGGACAGACUAAGAGACACACUUUCUAUAGAGUCUUCAGAAGGAAAGGAAGAUUUGACCAUUAGAUGGCAAAUGAUGUUGUGGAAGUCGUAUGUUUACCUUAUUACUAUAGGAAUGUUGAUUGCUUUGCUCAUGGGGCUGAGUAUGUCAUGGACUACAAUUACUGCUGCACUUGCUCUUGUGGUUCUUGAUUUCAAGGAAUCUAGGCCUUGCCUUGAAAAGGUCUCCUAUUCACUUUUGAUUUUCUCUUGCGGAAUGUUUAUCACAGUAGAUGGCUUUAACCAAACUGGAAUCCCAAGUACUCUAUGGGACCUCAUGGCGCCUUAUGCACAGAUUGAUCAUGCUAGCGGGAUAGCAGUUCUUGCCAUUGUCGUUCUUCUCCUGUCAAAUUUGGCUUCAAGCGUACCAACUGUUUUGUUGCUGGGAGGACGAGUGGCAGCAUUGGCAGCUGUAAUUUCUGCAGUUGAUGAGAAGAAGGCAUGGCUCAUCUUAGCUUGGGUUAGCACGGUAGUUGGGAACCUCUCAUUACUAGAAUCAGCUGCAUACUUAACAGUGUGUGAAGAGGCUCGCAGAGCUCCACGUCUUGGGUACACUUUAUCUUUUUGGAGCCAUCUUAAAUUUGGACUCCCCUUGACCCUUAUAGUCACUGCUAUUGGUUUGAUACUCAUACUAUGA